AUGUCCGCCGAGGAAUUGAAACUAUUGGAUGAGAUGUUCGAGAACUGUGAAUAUCAGGACUCACUGGAUAUGAUACAAAAAUUAUCGGACCAAGAAAGCUGCGAAGUGAAAUGGCGGCUAGCCAGAACCGUGUUCUUCCUAUCGAAGCAAUCAUCCGUCAGCGACGAGAAGGAGGCUCUCGUGCGGCAAGCGUUCGAGCACGCCGGGGUAGCCCUCGAAAAAGAUGGUGACAAUUUUGGCGCCAACAAGUGGUACGGUGCGAUUCUGUCCGAGAAAAGCUCGCUCGAUGGCGUCACGGAGCGCAUCAAGCAGCUGGAGAAUGUGCAGAAACACUUCCAACGGGCGGUCAGUUUGAACGGCGAUAGCGACCCGGGCAUUUGGCAUAUGCUCGGCCAGUUCAACUAUAAGCUCUCCGAGGUGAACUGGAUCACGCGCAAGCUGAUCAAUUCCGUUGCACCGAAUCCGCCGACCGCAUCGUACGCCGAGGCGCUCGAGUGUUUUGCAAAGGCCGAAAGCAUCAAGCCCAACUUCUACGCGCUGAACCUGCUGUAUUUGGGCAAGUCGCACCUGGCGUUGAAGCAAUCGGCCGAGGCGAAACCGUGGCUCGAGCGUGCCGCCGCCGUCGAGGUGCGCUGCGAGGACGAUCGCAUUUGCCGUGAAGAGGCCACCGAACUGCUGAAGAAACUCUAG